UUAGUGAAACGUUAACGUAGCCGCCCAAACUGUUUACACACACACACCUCUUGCCUCUAUUUUGAUUUUAAUAUUUAUAUCCCACAUCUGAACCUUUACUUUAGUAUGUCAACCAGUGCAGAUCAAGAAAUAAGUGGUGUUUUCACUAGGGAAUUUGAAUUGGAAGGUUUGGACAAAACCCUUCUGUUCAACCAGAAAGAAUGGGGAGAUGUUAGUUGUGUUAUUUGGGAUGCCUCUUUGGUACUUGCACGUUAUUUAGAAAAACGCUCUAAAGAAAACCCCUCUUUCUUAAAAAACGUAAAGACUUUAGAAUUGGGUGCAGGUGUUGGCUGUGUUGGGAUUGUCGCAGCUUGUUUUGGAGCUAAUGUAACAGUGACUGAUUUACCAAGUGUACUUCCUUUACUUCAACUUAAUAUCAAAGAAAAUAAGAAUGUAUGGGCCAGCGGAGGUGGACAAGUCAGAGCUACUGAGCUUAGUUGGGGCAAGAUGAUUAAUGAACUGGAAUCGCCAGACCUCUUAUUACUGGCUGACUGUGUAUAUUACUCUGAGUCUAUUAUCCCAUUAGUUGAGACCAUGAAACAAAUUUCGACAAGAGAGACAGAAAUAAUAAUAUGUCAAGAACAGAGAGACAGUGAAAAGCAAAGAGCUAUAUGGAAGGAGUUCAUGUCUGAAUUAACAAAAUUCUUCCAGUUCAAUCCCAUUCCUACUGAAGAGCAGCAUCCUCUUUUUAAAAGCCCUGAUAUACUUUUGCUGAGAGGUGGCCUGUUACCCUGAUUGAAAAUAAAUUUGUAUGCAUAUCGCCUA